UGCAAGAUGUAUUCAUAUAUUUUUCAGGCAGUUAUUCAAUUUCUCUCAUUGCAAGGCCAAGGUGCAAGUUUAAAGUUGAAUGAUGGCUGAAUUUUAAUUAGACAGCGGGCAAUCAGUCUUACUCUGACAAUUCAAGGUUUUGCAGGAAGCUCAUCACGAUGAAACAAUUGGCAUUUGUUGAUUUGUUUGAGGAUAUUUUAUAAUGCUAUCUAAUAAAAAGUAACUUUUCUUUUUGACUGCAGCUGUAAGUGAUAAGAAUGCAUGCAGGUUGUGUUAUAUGCGAUGAGGUCUUCAUGCCCAACAUUGAAGUGUCGGCCACACCGUGUGGUCACAUCUUCCACACCACAUGUGUUUCUCAGUGGUUUGAAAG